AUGGAGUACGAGGCCUUGAAAGAGCAGUGGAGCGACGUGGAGGAUCGUGACGGUGUUCGCCUGAGCUGGAACGUGUUUCCCAGCUCGCGCAUGGAAGCAUCGCGACUUGUCGUACCAAUCGGUGCUCUUUACACUCCGCUGAAGGAAAAGCUUGACACGCCAUUGCUGCAGUUUGAGCCAGUUACUUGCAAGCAGCCGUGCCGCUCUGUGCUGAACCCAUUUUGCCAGGUCGAUGUUCGCGCUCGAGUCUGGAUCUGCCCUUUCUGCUUGUCGAGAAACUCUCUGCCCCCCCACUACAAGGACAUUACGCAGAACGCGAUUCCACCCGAAUUGCAUCCCGCAAACACAACGAUUGAGUAUCGAUUGUCUAGACCGGCCCCAGCUCCGCCCAUAUUCUUCUAUGUUGUCGAUCUGUGCCAGGAAGAUGACGGUCUGGCUGCGCUCAAGGAAUCUCUGGUCAUGAGCCUCAGCUUGCUUCCAGAGAACGCCUUGGUCGGCCUUAUUACAUACGGUACGAUGGCACACGUACACGAGAUCGGUUACGAGGGCUGCGCCAAGUCGUACGUUUUCCGAGGCAACAAGGACUAUUCUGCGAAGCAAGUUCAAGAUAUGCUAGGCCUGUCAUCCUCCACAGCUCGACCGGGGAUGCAACAGCAGCCAGAGGCACUUCAAAAAGACCCUUGGCCGACGGCAAACGACCGCCGUAACCUGCGCUGCACUGGCGUGGCACUUAGCGUGGCGAUCGGCCUCAUGGAGUCGUCGUUCCAAAAUGCUGGAGGACGUAUUAUGCUCUUUGCUGGUGGCCCAGCUACGGAGGGCCCGGGAAUGACAGUUGGCCCUGAACUACGCGAGCCCAUGAGAUCGCAUCAUGAUAUUGAUCGCGACAACGUCAAGUAUUACAAGAAGGCACUAAAGUUCUACGAAAACUUGGCCAAACGCACAGCGCACAACGGCCACAUAAUUGACAUUUUUGCGGGCUGCUUGGACCAGGUCGGACUCCUGGAAAUGAAAGGCCUCUGUAACUCUACUGGCGGCCACAUGAUUCUGACGGACAGCUUCACAUCGUCCAUGUUUAAGCAGUCUUUCAUCCGUGUUUUUGAAAAGGAUGACGAUGACAAUCUCCUCAUGGGCUUCAACGCGGUACUCGAGGUUCUAACCACGAAGGAGCUGAAGGUCACUGGUCUUAUCGGACACGCUGUUUCCCUCAACAAAAAAUCUGUUUCUGUCGGUGAGACUGAAUGUGGCAUUGGUAACACUUGCUCUUGGAAAAUGUGCGGCAUUGAUCCGAAAGCAAGCUACGGCGUCUACUUCGAGGUUGCCAACCAGGGCCCGAGUCCUCAUCAGCAAGGACCGCAGAAGGGCAUGAUGCAAUUCUUGACUUACUAUCAACACUCGUCUGGUCAAUUCCAUCUGCGUGUCACCACCAUCGCUCGCAAUCUGAGCGGACCAGCCGGCGACCCGGCGAUUGCUCAGUCGUUCGAUCAGGAAGCUGCUGCUGUGCUGAUGAGCAGAAUAGCUGUGUUUAAAGCGGAGGUUGAUGAUGGCCCCGAUGUGCUUCGAUGGGUGGACAGAAUGCUUAUCCGACUUUGCUCACGCUUCGCCGACUACAGAAAAGAUGAUCCGUCCUCGUUCAGGCUGGAGAAGAACUUCACACUUUACCCGCAGUUCAUGUUCCAUUUGCGCAGAAGCCCGUUCCUGCAAGUGUUCAACAACUCCCCUGAUGAGACGGCCUUUAACAGGCAUGUGCUAAAUCAUGAGGACGUCAGCAACUCGCUCGUCAUGAUCCAACCCACGCUUGACUCGUACACAUUCGAUCAAGAUGGUGGCCAGCCUGUGCUCCUGGACUCUGCCUCCAUUCAGCCUACACACAUCCUCCUCCUGGACACGUUCUUCCACAUCCUCAUCUUCCACGGCGAGACAGUUGCAGAAUGGCGAAAGGCUGGCUAUCAGGAUCAGGAAGGCUACGAGAAUUUUGCAGCCCUGCUGGAACAGCCAAAAGAAGAUGCUAGAGAUCUGAUCACGGACAGAUUUCCGCUACCUCGAUUCAUUGUCUGUGAUGCCGGUGGCUCUCAAGCCCGAUUCUUGCUGUCUAAACUCAACCCGUCUACGACGCACACGACAGGCCCGUAUGGUGGAGCUGGAGCCGCGUCUGGCCAAACAAUCUUUACCGACGACGUGUCACUUCAAACGUUCAUGGAUCACUUGAUGAAGCUUGCUGUGAGUGGCACUAACUAA